UUUUUUUUAAUUAAUAAUUUUCACGGAUUUAAAAGUGUUAUUUUUGUAUUUUAUUACUUAUUAAAAAAUAGCUACACAAAAAUGGCACCAAAAAAGCGUGAAAAAGAGCCGGAGAGUUCUACUUCAAGAAUGGUACUAUUCGAUAACGAGUUGUUUUUGCAAGCUUUUGAAAAACCCACACAAAUUUAUCGAUAUAUUGCAAAUAGACAUGCUAUAAAUCCCUUAUAUUUAAAUCGUAACCUAACUUACAUGAAACACCGAAUGUCAAGGACAAAUCAGAGAAGAUCAACUUUUAAAAUAGAGUCUCUUCUUGACCUAAAAUUAAAUAAAAUGAGAAUGGAAAAAGCGAAUGUUUUUGGAGAUUCUAUUACCUUGAAGUUCUUAGGAUUUUAUGACAAUGAGGAAGAGUGGAAGAAAAAUGAUAUUGUUCGAGUAGAAAUUUUCCUUUUAAAAAUAUCUAGAAAAAAGCGUAAAGAUUUUUCGUCUGAUAUUGAUCAAAUUCCGAUGGGUAUGGUUGAUGUUUGCGUUAAUCCUAAUGAAGAUGAAAAUUUGACAGAAAAUCGAAAUUUAGAAAUAAAUAUUCCAACAGAAAGUUUCAUGCCUCUUAAUAACAAUAAUCAAAACGUUUCAUACGGCAUAUUUUUUAAAGUAGAAACUCUAAAAUUAGCAACUGAAUUGGAUGAAAAUCAAGAUGAUAGAAACACAAAGCGACUCAAACCCAACACAAAAUUUUUUGGUGCUGAUUUAUCCAUAUUUGAUAAGCAAAAUCGCUGUAUUUUAGCAAGUGGUAAAUAUGAUUUAGCACUUCAUGAGAUAAGAUAUGCCUCAAAAAGUUCCCCAAAAAAAUACAUUAAUUGGGAAACUAUACCAUCUGAAUUUAGUAUAUUAAGCGAUCCUUCAUUUGAUAUUUUUAAACAGCCAACUUUACAAUUUUAUAUGAGUUGGUCGAGUAAUCAUGAACAAAAGGUUGAAAAGUCACACAUAAAUGGAUAUUGUGAUCAUGAUGAAAGUAAGAUAAUUCGGAACCAUAAUAAUAAUUCUAUAGCUACAGUACAAAAUGCAAAUACUCUAGCUGGAGGGAUCGUAGAAACGUCAGAUAGUGUUACUAGCCCAGCAGCCGGAUUAAAUGGAGAAUUAAAGGAAAGUAAUUCUGGAGAAAGUGUUCAAAUAUACUACAAUUUCAUGUAUAAUAAUAAUUCAAGACAACAAAGUGAUUAUGCUUCAACUGCUGAUUGCCCUUGGUGCAGAAUCAAAUGCAGAAAAUUAUACGCUUUGUUGAAACAUUUAAAGUUAUGUCAUCCUCGAUUUAAUUUCACAUACGUGCCUAUAAAUAAUACGGCUAGAAUUGAUGUUACAAUUAAUGAUAUGUACGAUGGUUCGAAUGCUGGUUCUCCUUAUAAUGUUCCUGGUCCAUCAGAAAACUCGUACCAAACAAAUACAAGACGUCGCACAGUAGUAACAAAUUUAUUGGUGUGUAGACCCAGAAGACAGAAAGCAAAUUUAAGCGAAUUCUUAGAACUAGACGAAAAUGAAAUUAAUAAUCAAAGAUCUUAUAUAACUGGUCAUAAUAGACUGUACCAUCAUGCCGAAACAUGUUUACCUAUACAACCCCAAGAACUAGAAUAUGAUUCCGAAGGAGAAUCAGAUCCAUUAUGGCUUCGCCAAAAAACAAUGCAAAUGAUCGAUGAAUUUAGCGAUGUCAAUGAAGGUGAAAAGGAACUUAUGAAGAUGUGGAACUUACAUGUGAUGCGUCAUGGUUAUGUUGGUGAUUGUCAGCUUUCAAUAGCCUGUGAUAUGUUUUUGGAAUCAAAAGGAAAAGAAAUAAUUCGAAAAAAUUUGUUUCGCAAUUUUUUAUUACAUUUGACGUCAUUAUUUGACUAUGGAUUAAUUUCACCAGAAUGUGUCCAUAAAUGUAUUCAAAAAUUACAGAGUAUGUUAAGUACAGAUAAAGAAGGAAGACAAAUUUUAUCAGAAUCCCACGAGCGACAGCUUGAUUAUUGGUUGAAGGAGGGAUGCUUCAAAGAACAAAAGGAAAAGAGAAGUUCGAUUAAGUUAGAAUCUAAAGGUUUAAGUAGUUUAACAAAUAUUAUAACA